CAUUCAGAUCCAGUUCGCUCUCGCGAGUCGUCAGUUUACGUCACGUAAAGCGGCAUUUUAAACCCAUCUCUUUUAGUGAGUUGCCAAAUAGAACCCUCCAAACAAUUUUUUCUUUUUCUUUUACUUUGCAUUUUUCACGACAGAUAGAGACUAUGGCAGCGCCAGCAAAGAUAGAAGAAACAACAUCCGACAAGAUCAAAAAGUUUUUUGAAGACAAGGACUGGAAGUUUUAUUGUGCUUUGGCUGCAGGUGUGACCCUUGCAGGGGCAAGUGCUUAUUAUAUCACGAGUAGUAAGAAAGGAUCUAAGAAGAAGCCCGCAGGAAAUAGAGAGGUCAAAAAACCUACAACAGAAGAAAAAGCCCCUGCUGCCCCUAGUCCUACAGCAGCAACAACCGAGACGUUGGAUUAUAUGACGUUGUCAGAUAAUGAAAUUACUGCAUUGACCGAGGAGCAACGUAGUGAGGCAGCUCAACAACUCAAGACAAAGGGUAAUGCCAAAUUUAGCGAAAAGGCCUAUGACAAGGCUGCCGAAUUAUACACUGUAGCACUUCGCUAUAAAUCAGAUCCAAUUUUCUAUUCCAACCGUGCUGCCUGUUAUGCCAAUUUGGGUCAAAAUGAACGUGUGAUUCAAGAUUGUAAUGAUGCAUUAAAGUUGGACCCUGUUUAUGUCAAGGCCUUGAACAGACGUGCUCAUGCUUUUGAAAAAUUGGAUGAUUUAGAAAAUGCACUUUAUGAUUUUACUUGUGUUUGUAUUCUCGAUGCAUUCAAGAAUGAAACAGCCAGUAAAUCCAUGGAACGCGUCUUGAAGCUUCUCUCAGAAAGAAAGGCAAAGGAAAUCAUGAAGACCAAGACACCUCGUUUGCCUUCAUCUACUUUUGUUAGUGCCUACCUUGAUUCAUUCCGCCCUGUCGUGCAAGAUUUAUCAGGUGUUGCUGACGACGAAUCCGGAGAUGGCUAUUACGUCAAAGCCUAUCGUGCCAUUGCCAACAAAGAUUACACAGCCGCUUGUGAAGCUGUUGAGAAGGCUGUUGAAUUGGGCUGCUCUCGUCAAUACCAGGCUCAUGCUUUAAAUUUAAUGGGUACAUUUGCUUUCUUGAAGGGCAAUACAGCAUCAGCAUUAGACUAUUUCAAUAAGGCUAUUGAAGCUGAUCCAAAGUUUGUUCAAAGCUAUAUUAAGCGAUCCAGCAUUUAUAUGGAACAAGGCAAUAUCGAAAGCACCUAUAAGCAGUUUGAUGAAGCAAUUGCUAUUAACCCCAGUGACCCCGAUAUCUACUACCACCGUGGACAAGUCAACUACAUCAGUGGACAAUACGAUGCUGCCGCUAAGGAUUACAGUGAAAGCAUAAAGCUCGAUGACACCUUUGUCUAUGCUCACAUUCAACUGGGUGUUGUCCAAUACAAGCUGGGUUCCAUCUCUUCUUCGAUGUCAACCUUCAAUAACACCUUGAAGAAAUUUGCCAAUAGCACAGACGUACACAACUACUAUGGUGAACUCUUGGUUGACCAACAAAAGUUCACAGAGGCCAUUGACAUGUUUACCAAGGCAAUCACACUCGAUCCCAAGAACCCAUUGCCUUAUAUCAAUAAGGCCAUGCUGAUGUACCAAAUGAUGGGUAACGUAGAAGAAGCAACUCAACUGUGUAAGACCGCAUUGGAGAUUGAUCCAGCUUGCGAUGCUGCUGUUGCAUCACUUGCUCAAAUCCUCCUGGAACAAUCUAAGCCUGAAGAAGCACUCAAGUACUAUGAAAUGGCUAUCGACUUAGCCAGAACCGAAGCUGAGCUUGAGCAUGCCAUUUCUUAUGUAGAGGCUACCAAGACUCAAACUCGAUUUGCAAAAGAUUUCCCUGACGCCGCUGCUAAAUUGAGAGCCUUAAGAGGCUAAAAAUUUAUAGUACAUAUGUUUAAUAGAAAAUAAAAAAUGGGUCCCCAUAUAAAGUAAAAAUGAUCAAUUUAUUACUGAUGAACGGUCUCAAACGCUUAGACCUUGAAACCACGAGAAGAACGC